UAAGCAGCGCGCUAAAGUCGCUGCGAGUCAUGAGCGCCUCGGUCUUACCCGUCGACCAUCUCGAGCCCUCCCCAUGCACCGACCUCGACCAUGACAUCAGUAGAGGACGACUCGACAGCACCAAGCUUCCGCUUCAAACGCCGCAAGACUACACACACCAAACGAGCACGCAUAGACGACGAUGCUGCGAGCACUCCAAGCGCUCAAGCCCUCGAUGCUACGACACCACACAAUGCGCCGGAAGUUGUACAUGACGAGGAAGAGUCGGUGCUGAACCUGAGAGAGAUCAUAAGGAGUCGCAAGAGGCCCAGGGACCGCCUCAAAGAAGUCCCGCGCAAACCAGAACCACAGACAGAGCUCGUGCAGAUAGAGGCACCGCCAUCGGACCAGUAUGCGGGCCGAUUCGCUGCGCAGACGGGACAGGUGGUGGACGCCAGCGACAAGCAGAUGUCGGUAUAUGUAGAAGCCCGUUUAGCUGAACAGAACCACCGCAAAUACGGCGGGCCCAUACCACUACAUCUUCAAUCAAUCGUCGCUGCAACAGUGCCCGACCUCAAACACGCCUUCGCCGCAAACCCCGUCCAGACAGCAGCACCCAGCAGCACCAUCGACACCGACACUGACCUGAGCAACCGCGUUGCAGCCGGGCAAGGCAAGCUUGAGGAAGUAUCGCUUGCCGCAGACUCCACACGCACACACAAAGACUGGGCCCGUCUUGAGGGAACUGCGCCAGCACCGAAAGUACGAAUGGGAAGAGAUGGCAAACCGUGGCGCGGCCGCAAGCGCAGAAAUAGCAAUGACAUCCGGCGCGACGCCGCCGUCGAAGCCGUACUCAAGGAAGCGAAAAUCGACUACUUUGACGACACGACGACUACCAACCCGCGCUUUACUGGCACAGACGAUGACAUGGUCGCAAGAUUUCAGGCAGAAUAUUACGAGUCUAUUGAGGAGAGGCAGAGUCGUAAGCCUGUGAUGCCGCCGAGUGCCAAGGACCAGCCGAAGGGUCCGAAGCUGGGUGGGAGUAGGAGUGCGAGGGCGGCCAUGCGGGAGAGGGGGGAAGCCGCUGUGAAGAGCAAGAGGUAGAGUUUGCUAUGUGGAUAUUCGCGCUGCUUUGUUGUUUCAGUGUUAUUGAUGCAUGUUGUCUCUAUCUCGGCACUUCGAGGGUACUAAUGAAUGUGAACAGU